UACAUUCACGUGGACUCCAAGAUGAGGCCUCUCACAGAUGAGGAGACGAAAGCGAUGUUUGAAAAGUUGUCAAAAUAUAUUGGAGAGAAUAUCAAGUUGCUGGUGGACCGGCCUGAUGGGACGUACUGCUUUCGACUACACAAUGACCGUGUUUAUUAUGUGAGUGAAAGGAUCCUUAAACUUGCAACCAACAUUGCUCGAGACAAGCUAGUAUCCCUUGGAACCUGCUUUGGAAAAUUUACCAAGACACACAAGUUUCGUCUGCAUGUCACUGCUUUGGAUUAUCUGGCACCCUAUGCAAAGUACAAAGUAUGGGUGAAACCUGGAGCAGAGCAGUCUUUUCUUUAUGGAAACCAUGUGCUAAAAUCUGGCUUGGGGCGUAUCACAGAAAACACAUCUCAGUACCAAGGAGUGGUGGUGUAUUCUAUGGCUGACAUACCACUGGGAUUUGGAGUGGCCGCAAAGUCAACUCAAGAGUGCAGAAAACUUGAUCCUAUGGCAAUUGUGGUUUUUCACCAGGCAGAUGUUGGGGAGUACAUCAGGCAUGAAGAUACUUUAACAUAAAUGUACAGGCAAAUAGCUACUUUUCUAAGAAAACUAUAUGGACUAAAUGCCUUGUUUGUGCGAAGCAGGCACAACAUAUUUGUAUAAACUUCAUUUACUGAGGAACAGUACAUACAUCAUGAACAUUUGUGUCUUCUCAGCAUUGUUGCUUUCUCUGGACUGACAUGCUGUCUUGAACUGAGAGGAUUGUGUUCCCCUUUUUUCAGACUAUUCUUUGAUUAAACUUUGACAUAUGGGAUCUCUAACUUCUUUCAUGACAUCAGAAAAGCUUCCAGAGUUGGCAAUACACACUUUCAGUAGUGUGGUGAAUUGAGUCUAUGCACGUGACACAAAUAAUUAUUUAAAUUGUUUACUAUUCACAGAUUAAAACUGUAGUAUAUAAACUAAGUCUGUCACAGUCCAUGGUGUUUUAGUCUUGGGUUUUCUAAUAAUCUGAUGUUUACUAAUGUAUUCUUUUGCCUGUCUGGUUGCUGUGAGCUGCAAAUCUUUUUAGCAGCAUAUUUUCCUUUCCCCAUAUGACAACAGAGUAACACCUGAGACAAACUUGUCUGCUUCAUGCUUUUAUAAAUGCAAAUAUGUGAACAGAAGUUGUGUGCACACAAUGUGUGCAAUUGUCAUUGUGUUUAAAAUGAGAUAAUUUUUAAUAUAAACCAUAAUUACAAAAA